CUUGAUUCCUGCUUCUGGACCAAAGAGAAAUCAAGUCGCAAUUGGGAAUUAUCCAUCGUUUGAGAACUUGACCUGUACUGCUAAAGUGACUCUGCUUGUGACUUGAAAGGCUUCCAAUAAUUCAACAGCUGCCAAAAUCGUCUGAUCAUUCAUCUGGUACUGACACAAAUCAAUUCAUUCACACAGUACCUGAGCCUAUCAACACUCACGCCCGCACAUAGACAUCUCCCACCAACAUCCCUGCAUAUUGAACAAUGUCUGAGCUGGUCUCCCGGCUGACAGACCUCAACCCCUUCUCGUCCAAGACCCGCGCCGAGCGUGAGGUCGACGAUGAGGACAAGGGUGAGGAGAUUGACGACCACACCGUCGCCGGCGGCGGCCACGGCGGCCGGUCGUCCGACAUCACAAAGACGCAGCUGCGCAUCAGCCACGCGCUGCGCUGCCUGAUAGCCUCCAAGGGCAUCCUCACCGAGGCUGAAGCCGGCCUGGCGAGCCAGACCAUGACCCCGGCCCUGCGCCAGCUCCUAGACAGGCCGCACAUCCACGUCCCGCCGGAGCUGACGGACCGCUCGCACCCCCUGCCCGAGUACUUUGUCAGCUCCAGCCACAACACGUACCUGGUCGCGCACCAGCUGUACGGAACGUCGUGCGCCACCGCCUACAGGACCGCGCUGCGCACCGGGUCGCGCUGCGUGGAGAUUGACGCCUGGGACAACGGCGACAACCGCAGCGAGCCCAAGGUCACGCACGGCUACACGCUCGUGUCCAACAUCCCCUUCCGUCUCGUCUGCGAGACCAUCCGGGACGUCGUGGACGAGGAGGCCGCGCAGGCGCAGAAGCUCCCCGUAGGCGCCGACGCCGCCGAGCGCGAGGAUGAGAGGUACCGCCCCGCGCCCAUCCUGCUCUCGCUCGAGAACCACUGCGACGCGGCGGGCCAGCUGCGGCUCGUGGAGAUCAUGCGCGAGGUGUUUGGCCACCGGCUGCUCGACAAGCCGGUCCGCGACAAGGGCCAUGCCGAACAGGAGGGCAGUGGAGAGCACGUCAGGCUGGACGAGCUCGGGUCCAAGAUUGCAGUCAUUGUCGAGUACCACCUGUCGGAGGAGGCGGAGCUGUCGGACGACGAGGACGACUCCUCCUCGUGUGACGAGGCCGAGCGCAAGGACCGCGAGCAGUACAAGGCCGAAGCCAAGGCGACGCGCGAGACCAUCAUCAUCCCCGAGCUGGAGGAGCUGGGCGUGUACGCGCAGAGCGUCAAGCUGGCCAACGACGCCUGGUUCGACGCCACGGAGCAGGCGCGCGACCAGACCCAGCCCCUGGCGCUCCCGCACCACCACCUCAUCAACAUCUCCGAGUCGGGCCUGUCGCGCCACCUCCCCGAGGCGGCCGGCAAGAUCGCCGCGCACAACGCCCAGCACCUGAUGCGCGUCUACCCCAAGGGCACGCGCAUCUCGUCGCGCAACAUGAAGGUGAUUCCGUUCUGGGCCGUCGGCGCGCAGAUCUGCGCCAUGAACUGGCAGACCUUUGGCGCCAACAUGCAGAUGAACGAGGCGCUGUUUGCCGGCACCGACGGCUACGUCCUCAAGCCCCAGGCGCUGCGGAGUGGGGGGAGCGGCGUCACGAAGCCGCGCCGCCGCAGGCUGAGGCUGCAUGUCGCUGGCGCCUCGGACAUUCCCCUGCCUUCUGGCCGGGAGCCGGACGAGAUCAAGCCGUACCUGACGUGCACGCUAGCGUACGGGGGCACGAGCCUCAAGGAGGUGAAGCGCAAGACGUCCCCCUACAAGCAGCACAAGGUUGGCUUCCUGCACCGCGGGGAGAACCCGCCGCCGACGGACCCGGUCUGGGAUGAGGAGCUGGUGUGGGACGAGUUUGAGGACGACGAGUUGGUCUUUUUGCGCCUGUACAUCAAGAGCGACGACUCCUUUGCCAGGAACCCCAUUCUCACUGUCGCGCCGAUCAGGUUGCUGUAUGCGGUCGACGGGUGGACGUUUAUCAGGAUGCUGGAUCUCAAGGGCCACGAGACACGGUGUGCUUUGUUGGUCAGGUUUGAGAUUGAGGAUUUGUAAUAAUUUUCGUAGCUUUUUGGUGUAUUUGAGGGGUAUGGUUAUGGUUUUAAGACUAAUGAUUUUUACUUUUUAUUGGUAUUUGGGGCUGAAAUGCAAUCUGAUGGCUUGUGCAUUGUUGUACGACAUUAAACGUCAUGAUAGAAAGACGCAUUAUGAUACACCACGAGUUAAUUGCAUUUGGUAGUCUUGCAUAUCGUAACAACGGCAACAUACUAC